AUGAAUCUGGACGUCAAAGCCGGGAACAAUUCAGGGGCUAGUAGCUACUCUAUGGAUACGAGACGAGUGAACCAAUGCUCCUGGCCGCCACGCCCACCUCCGGCAGGACAAGGCCCUCGAUGUUAUGCAAGAACAGCGGCCCCUCCCUCUGCGCCAUCGCCUCCCACCAGCGGCGCCCGCGGCGUCCCAGAGCCCUGCGCGCUGCGCGAAGCACAACGCCGCAACAUGGUCGUGAAGGCCGCGACAGAUCUAGUGGUCGAGUUCCCGAAGACAGAGUUCGUCGCCCGCACGAGUGACAUUGCCAACUUUGACGACACGGCUGCCUUGUGGGCUGACCUUGCGGUCACGGGCGUCUCUGUCGAUGUCCUGGUGCUGAAUGCCGCCAGCAUGGGCCCCAGUGAACCCAUAAUUUCGGCCGACAACCUCGUGUACCUCGCCUCCGCCGUUACGCACAUGCCGGGCAUGGACGUGGCGAUGCCGGCCAAUUUUCUGGACCAAGACGGUCGGCCAGCUGCUCCUGCAAACAAUUGCCGACGCCACCGACCCUCAGAAGCUCCAGUCUGCCCCUUUGAUGACAUCAAGCUGCCGUCGGACUGUGGCAUCUGGGCUGCUACCAAAGAGGCUGAAUUCCUGCAUGGUAAGUUUGUGUGGGCGGGGUGGGACGUGGACGAGCUCCGAUCCGAAGAGUCCCAGAGGCAGUUUGAGAGAAACCCGCGACACCUCAGCAUCCGUCUUGUUGGCAUCUGGACCAGGGAUAAUGCAGCGACAGCACUGUUGCAGGGAUGCACUCACACCGAUAGAGACACGGCAUCUCUGCCCAUGUGA